CCUUUUCCUUCAACCCAAAUAUGUCGCCUUUAUUUAAUGUUGAGAAUAACUCAAUUCGCGCCAAUAUCAAUUUUGGCGCGCUAGUUAUUCCCUCUUAUUUCAGUAGCAAAUCCCUAAAUGGCUAAACCUAUCGCACCACCCAAUUUUCUUUUUGCCGGAUUAUUAUCUCUCUUUCUCAUAAUCUCGAUCGCAUUACCCUCCAGUCUGUCCUCUCAUUGAGACGGAUUAGCUGAGCGGUGAAUCUAAGGUUGUCAUUUUGCAACCAUCUAUGCAACAGUAGAGAAGUACUUUUAUCCAAUGAAGUUAAGGAGCUGCAGUCAUUUACACUCUUUCCAGGCCAUUAAAGGUGGUUUGGUGACAAAAGUCUUGAAUGUCUGUCAUGGGAAGCCAGCUCUUAAAUUCAAGGCUGUCAAAGAUAUAUAUGAAACUGAAGAUACAAAAGAUUUUGAUCUAAUUUCAGUGAUUAGCCGGAAACUUAAGUUUGUCGACACUACGGUUGAAUGUGAUAGGUCAAUGGAUGAAAGUCUAGAUAUACUUGGAGGAGAAAGAAAAGCAGUCAAAAGUGAAGAAGAAACUUCAGAAUCUAGCUGCAAAGACUGUGAUGGCCAAGCAGGAGAUUUAGACGAGCUUAACCUUGCGAAUAUGACACUGAAGCAAUUUAAGGAUAGAUGUAAAAAAGAGAGGAAAUGUUCCAGACAUGUUGAUUCAAGUAAAAGAACAAAAACUUGUUCACUUGGAGGCCAAGACCAUUUUAGCUCCCAACCCAAGAAGGACGAGUAUGAUAUCUUGGAGCCUCUCAGCUGUUGGAAAUCUAGAAUUUUAAAGAAGAAAAAGAUAGAGAAAAGGAAGAGAAGAAAUAGUGUCUCCGGCUCAUUUCAAAAUGCACUAUCAAUUGUGAAGUUUGGAGACUUUCUCAUUGAUCAAGUUGUGUUUCAGUACAGUGAAAAUUUUCCAGUACCUAUUCCUAUCAAAGUUGAAGUUCCAGAGCAUAGUUAUUCAGAAUGCAAAGAUAUGAUCACUUUUGGUUUGGAUUCCUCUUGUAAUUGUGAUGAACAACUGACGUGUAGAGGAAUGAUAUCUUACGAAGAGGGGACAGCUGAUGAUAAUGAUUGGGAGAGCGAUCCUCUAACAUCUCUAAUAGCCAUUGAAGAUCUUGAUACAUCUAAAGAUUGUGUUUCCGAAACUGGGAUGACUGAGAUAUGCAGUGAAGAGUUGGAAACUGAUGCCUGUGGGUUUGAAACUCAGAUCCCAACUCUGCACAGUGAUGAGCCUCAAAGCUCUACUGUUAAUGAACAAUCCUAUGAUAAUAUCGAGCAUGCAGACCCUAAAACAAUUAUUGGCAUUCAAGCUUCAGAUGAGGAGAUAAAGACGGAGGGUUCAGAAGUGGAGAUAGUAAAAGAAGGUAUUGCAGAACUGGUCAGUCAGUUUCCAGAAUUGUCCAUAGUACAAGGUGUAGAUGAUGAGUAUUCUGCCAUUGGUCAAAUUCCAAAAUCCAACUCCACUGGAACAGUUUCUCCUAGCAAUGAUCAUAGCCCUGAGGCUGAAAUGUACCAUGACACCAAAAAAUUUCCUUGUGUUCAUGAGCAGUCUCAGAAAACUAGCAGUAAUAGCCAAGUUCAAGCGCCUGAAAUCAGAUUUAAUUUUGAAUGUGUGGAAUUCAGCGAAAGAAAUGGGUCAUGUCUUACAGAUCAUGACGCUAAAAAUGAUAUAUUUCAUGCAGAAACCAGGAUAAUAAGCACACCUGCUAGAGAUUGUAGCUCACCUCUUACUUCAAAUCUAUGUUUAAAUUCACAAGACUCUUUUGUUUUUGUUCCUGAUCAUUCUACAACUGAGGCAAAAGGAUCACAUUCAUCUCUUGGUGCUGAUGCUGCUAGAGAUGGAUCUACAGAGAUUCAUUUUUACAUUGAUGAGCCUGUGAUAUCGAAAAGGUUUGAGGGGUGUCAUCAGUCAAAGCUGCAAAAUCAUCCUGAAAGGCUCUUGUCAACUAGGACGACGAUAUCCCCAACUUCCCAGAAGAGCCUGCGUGAAGCUCAAGAGUGCACCAAGUUAGAUGCCGAACAAUAUUACAAGUAUGCAAGGAAAUUGUGCUACAGUAAACAAAUUGAAAAUAAGAUUGGCAGACCUGAAGAAGGCAAUCAGAUCAAGAGAGCUGAAGUCAUUUUUAGCCCUGAUAAAGUUGUCAAAAAACCUAAGAUUCAUAAGAAUGGAUUUCAUCAAAAUGACAAGGUUCCUCGUCCCUCCCGUGCUGCACAGCGCUUUAGUACUGGGUGCACCUCCAUCCAAAGUUGUUCAGAGAGUGCCAUUUUAUUCUCACAGCAGCAAAUGCUUGACGUUACAUCCAUUACGAGCAAACUUGCAAGAGAGUUGCAGUCAAUGAGGGAAAUAGUUGAAGAAACAUUACAGUCCAAGUUGUAUCCAGAUAAAUGCGCAAAAUUUAAUGCAGAAGAGAUGAAGAAUUCCGUACAGAAUGCCACUAGAGUUGAAGAAAGUGCAAGAAGAUCUCUUUCUAUCAUGGCAAGGGACUGCAAUCGUUUCUGCAAAAUCAUGAAAUUGGCCGAGAAGGGUUCUACUACUUCCCCAAAUGCAGUUCGUAAGAAGAGGAAGAUUGUGUUUGCUGAUGAGGCUGGUGGAGAUCUGUGUGAUGUCAAGACUUUUGAGGAAGAUAUAUUUUGUAUGGAACCUAAGGGUGAGAAUAUAGUAACUGUAGAUUAAAUUAGGUUGAAGACUUUGCCAAUUAUGUAUUUAAUUUUUCUGUACAAUAGCUAAUUUGAUUGUAGAAUAGGUGGUUAUUAUGCGUGGGGCUGCUAAGACACGAGGCACGCCGGAUGUGCAAAUUGAAUGUACUGAGUGUGCAAAAUAAAUCCCUUCACAUUAGGCAAAUCAAGCUCAUCUCUGUUCUAAGCUAGCUCAUUCUUUAAAGCUCCAAUGUAAAAUCUUUUCCUGCUUCUAAAUAUAUGCUUCCAAAGUUGAGCCUA